AUGAUUAUUAAACUUUCAAUAGAAAAAGGUUUAUCAGAAUGCACAGAUUUUAAUAAAGUAUUAAUGUUUAUUCAGCCACUCAAAUUGAAAUUAAUAGAAACUAAAACAUUAGAAUAUUUAUAUAGUUUAAUUUCAAAGAAAUUCAAAAUAAAAAAAAGCUUCUUAUUAUAUACUGAAGAUGGUUAUGCUAUACCACCAUCCGAAGAAGGUUCAAUAUUAAAGGAAAUUGAUAAAACAUUUAAAGUUUUAAAAUUAAAUAAAGUUAAAAAAAAUGAAAAAACAGAUGAUAGUGGUGAUGAUUUAAUGGAAACAGAUAGUGAUAAUAAAAAUAAAAGUAGUGAAAGUGAUAGUAGUGAAAGUGAUAGUAGUGAAAGUGAAAGCGAUAGUAGUGAAAGUGAAAGUGAAAGUGAAAGCAAUGAAACUAGUGAGAAUGAAUCAUCCUCAUCAUCAGAACCAGAGUCAUCAUUAGCUAAAAAGAAACUCCUUAUUCAACAAUUAAAAAGAGAUUUCCAAUUAAAAGAAAAGCUUCAACAAGAACAACAAAAACAAAAAGAAGCUCAAAAACCAAAAGAAAAGCCUCAACAACAACAACAACAACAACAACAACAACAACAACAACAACAACAACAACAACAACAACAACAACAACAACAACAACAACAACAACAACAAAAACAAAAACAAAAACAACAAAAACAACAAAUUGAACAACAACAUAAAAAACCACCACAACAACAACAACAACAACAACAACAACAACAACAACAACAACAACAACAACAACAACAACAACAACAACAAGAAGAAGUACCAAUAGGUAUUGAUGAUGUUUUGACAAAUUUUAGUUACACAAUUAGUUAUGACAAUAUAGAUGAACUUUUGGUUGAAGAGGAAAAAAUAAAAAGAAAGGAAUUGGAACAAAAGAAAAGAAAAUUACAGUCUCAAUUAGAUAAUGAUGGUCUUGCUAAUAAAAAUGAUAAUAAUAGUAAUAAUAAUAAUUAUAAUAAUAGUAAUAAUAAUGAUAGCAAUAAUAAUAAUACUAAUAAACCUUUGAGUAAAAGACAAAAGAAACUUUUAAAGAAGCAACAAAAUUCAUCACAAAUAAAAGAAAAUUAUACCAUUAAUGCCAUUAAUAAUAAAAAUGAUAACAGCACCAAUGAUAGUAAUAAUAAUAAUGAUAAUAAUAAUAAUAAUAAAAACGAUACCAAUGAUAGUAAUAAUGAUGAUAAUAAUAAUGAUAAAAAGAAAAAUAAUAACUAUUCAACAUUUAAAGAUUUGACAAUACCAAAUGUAAAUGAUAAAAUCGCCUUCCAAAAGCAUAUUCUUUUAGAUUAUGUUUUAACAGUAUCAGAGUAUCUUGAAGGAAGAAUUGAAAAAAUAGAUUCAGAUAUUUUAUAUAUUAGAUUGGAACCAGGUUUCGAUGACUUUGAAUUUUUGGAUAAUGAAUUUUUUGAAGAAAGUGGUGCACUUGGGGUUCCAGUCAAAUCUUUAAUCAGUCCAAAAUUAAUUUCAGAUAACAAUUAA